AAUUCAGCGAAGACAUCCAGUUACGGUUGUCAGAGAGAAUUGGCGGGUUGUUCAGUAUCCCGAAGCGAAAUCUCACUCUGUUUCAGAUCCCGAAGCCCAACCGGUAGAGAAGAAGAAGACUAGAGGUUGCGGAAGGGCGGGAUUUGUUGUUCCUUAUUCAAUUGGAAUUGGAAUAAUUUCUCGAAGUAGAAUGCGGGGCAACCCGCAAAAGUAAAGUUUAGACUUUAGAGAAGGAUACAGGAAGUGGGGCUGAGCCGUGCGACUUGGGGUUUUCGGUAGAGAUGACGGAAGUGAUUCUGCAUAUAUAUGAUGUGACCAAUAGCGGAUCAGAGAGGACCAAUAGCACAAUUGUUCAGAUCAACAAGAUCUUCAAGGAUGGGAUUGGACUCGGUGGUAUAUUCCACAGCGCUGUUCAGGUUUACGGAGAAGAUGAAUGGUCAUUUGGAUUUUGUGAGCAAGGUAGUGGAGUUUUCAGUUGCCCCUCAAUGAAGAAUCCAAUGUAUACAUAUCGUGAAUCGAUUGUUCUGGGGGUAACUGAUUGUUCAAUUCUCAAGGUAAAUCAAAUAAUAAGAGAACUUAGCAGAGAGUGGCCUGGAAUUUCAUAUGACCUGUUAUCCAAAAACUGCAACCAUUUUUGUGAUGAAUUCUCCGCAAGGCUUGGUGUGCCAAAACUUCCAGGUGAAUCACUUGGUUGGGUUAAUCUGUUUGCGAAUGCUGGAGACUCAGCUAUGGGAGCGGCCGAAAAUACUGCCAUGCUGCUUCGACAGGCCAGAACAGAGAUUGUAUCAGCAAGCAAAGUAGCAUACCGGUUCCUGUUGGGUGGUGCUAGUGAUGUCGGAAGUGAUUCAGGCCCCUUAAGCAAUUCAAACAGUGAAGGGUCCCCGAGAUCCCAAGCUACUUGGUUUAAAAAUCUGAUUACUACUGGUGCUAAGCCAUCAAGUAGCUCAGAAAGCCAGGAUCAGGAUGAGUGUGAGCAGCUCCAACAAAGUCAAGAAGAUGAUGGAAGGGCGCUGCAUGGUCAUAAUUCAUCUUCACAUGAUAUCAGUUGAAGAAACAGACUCUUGUCCAAAGCCUAGGUUUGCAGACUGGUGUAUAUUGUAUUUGUACGUCAAUUGUAUGGAUUCCUCAAAUACAUAGGUCAAAUAAAUAGUGCAUACUAGAGUCAUCAGAUGGUCGUCGACAUUGUUCUACGGGGAAGAUGUAUCUAGUACCAAAUUAUUAUUAAUCAAUAACAAUCACUGAAAUAUAAUAGAGACUAAAUAUUUUUUGUCUACUAAAUAAAGAUAGGUCCAAUUCUAAA